AUGUCAGCUAUAAUAUACACCAAAGACAUCGGUGAAGACAUCAAGUUUUGGACGUCCAUGGACAAGUCGGGUGCGAAAAUUAUUGGAUGCAGCCCUGAGGAAGUUGAGGGUGGAAGGCGAAUAAACGGCACGGCUAUGGCACCAGAGAAUCCUAUAUGGUGGGAUCGCGUUAUGAAGGCGAGUGGAAUCAAGGCAUGCGGCAUGGCCAAGGAACUCAGUGGGUUCGGUGUAGAAAUGGCAGAGGUGUCCGGAAGUGAGUAUUAUGGUGUGGAAGGGUCCGAUUGGGAAUGGAUCCUGCGUUACAGAGAAUCGUGGCUACUUGCAAUGCAUAUGAUCCCGUUCGACUUCUACUUUUCGAAUAGGUUCUAUGCUGGAUCGUGGGUUAACGAUAGACGGGAAGGAUACGGAACAGGGUGUUACGAGGACGGUUCUUUCUACCACGGUAACUGGGUCAAUGAUGAGCGUGAAGGAGAGGGACUUAUGUUCUUUGCCAACGGUGAUACGUACCGUGGACAAUGGCGUCAAGGAAAGCGGUCUGGGCUCGGUAUACUGGUAGUCGGUGAAACUGGAGACUUGUAUGAAGGUCAAUGGCUGAACGACAAAAAGGAAGGCUCUGGGCGUUACUACUAUCGUUCGCGCAGGAAAGUGAUGGUAGGAGAAUGGGCUGAAGACAUGUGUAGAACGGGGUCAGUGUCAGCUUACGAAGAUCCUAUCGGAUGUGAGUUGAGUCUAGGCCGAUUCCAAAGGCCGCAGUACUUGCCGCUAAAAAAGCUUAUCUCUCUAUUAGUGGACAUCCCGACUCUCCGGCUGAAGGAUAUAGAUGGUCUCUUACGAAGCAAGAUGGAAGAGAUCAGAUCGGAAAGAUUCCUCUUCCGAGUACUCAACACUCCACUUCCUGACUUGUUCGACUCCGAUGAUCUCACACAUAUCCGUGAUGUCCAUGCGGCGGCAGUGAGCAACUCCCAGGACGGCAUACUAAGCCUUGUCUCAUUGAAGGCCCUUGUGCUGUCCCUUUUCGGCGUGCAGUUCUCACCCGAGGACCUCUGGGAGCUAUGCGUCACUGUGGGUGUCAUCACUGAGGAGGAGGCUCAACGAGCCGUUGUGUUAACGGAAACCGAGUUGAAAGCACCACCGGAAUCCUCCCUCCCCAACGACAAUAGGGAAGUCAUCGAACACGUCAUAGAUAGCCUGACCGAUGACGAGGACGAUGAGGAAGAGGACGAGGAUGCAACCACAGAGUUGCGCGAACAAAUAGCAUAUCGCCAUUUCAUCAUACCAAGCAGCGCCUUUACACUUGAUCGUUUUGCCAGGAUCGUUACACUCAUACUGGCCAAGCUGAAUCACUAG